AUGCAGCAGCUGCAACAGCUGCAAGAGCAGCAGCAGCAGCAACAGCAGCAGAGCACGUCAGCAGAUACAUUUGCUGGCUUAGGAAGCAACAAAGUGCUGAAGCAGCAGCAGAGCAGUGCGCAGCAUUCUAAAGGAGCAGAUUCAGGAGCAGCAACAGCAGCAGCAGCAGCAGCAGCAGCAGCAGAGCAGCGUGGAGCCGUGCAGAAAGACGGCAGGCGCGUACGCUGGCCACAGGACCAGCAGCAGCGGAAGCAGCAGCAGCAGCAGCAGCAGCAGCAGCAGCAGCAACUGUAUCAGCCCUAG